AUGAAGCUUCAAAGCUGCGACUUUGCUCUGUUUGCAUCUGCUUGGUGGCCACGUGCCCCGAGGGAAGAGUUGCGAAUUCUAGCGUAUUUAUCUUUUUGGCUCUUUGUAUGGGAUGAUGAGAUCGAUGAAUCUACAGGAACAUUGAGUGAUGAUUUCGAAGCUUCUGAGCGAUACCGCCAAAACACGGUGGCUUAUAUCACUGAGACUCUUGGCUUUACUGAUGAUUCAAGUCUCUACUCUCAAAAGGAAGCUGUCACUCCUAUAAAUGAAAUCAUUGGCAGCUUUGGAGUUAUUGGAAAAGCAUUGAGCCAAGUCUACAAUAUCGAACAACGGAAAAGAUUCCUGCGAGAGAUGGAAUUCUUCAUUCAAAAAUCUCAGCUUGAACAGAAAUCGAGACUUGAUGGCUGUAUCCUCUCUCUGGAUGAGUAUUGGGAUAUCAGAAUGGGAACUAGCGCAGUCGGCGUCAUUAUGGCUGUCAAUGAGUUUAGUGCUAGAGUAAACAUUUCGGACAUUAUCAUGGAUCAUCCAGAUAUGCGCAUUCUAUGGGAUGAAUCGAACGUUAACGUAUCAAUUGUCAACGAUCUUCUCUCCCUGAAGAAGGAAAUUUCCAAAGGCGCUAUUGACAGCCUGAUCCCUAUCCUGUGCGCAAACACCGAAAACCCUCAGAGUGCGAUUGGUCAUGCAUUAAAAUCUCUGAAAGAGUCAAUUGCUCGCUUCGAUGCAACCGCCUGGAAGCUUUUGGACACGAUCGACGCGGUGUCACCCGAUAAACUGAACACCUACGAAUUUAUACAAGACUGUCGGUUCAAUUGCUCAGGAAAUCUUUACUGGAGUCUACGUACCAAGAGAUAUGGUAUGGGUAAUGUUCCCAAAGAUCUCAAUGGUAAUUUUUUGCUGGAGUUCUAG